AUGGUCCUUCUUCCUCCCACCGUGAAGCUUGCUGGCGCGUCGAAUCCGGAUAGCGGUGAAGAAGGUCAAAUGUUCUCCCCACUCCUGCUGCCUCAAGAAGAAAUUGCCGCCGUCGAGCAGGGCUUUCGCAUCCGCCCACUCAACGAAAAGGACUACGACAAGGGAUUCCUCGACCUGCUUGCCCAGCUCACAUCCGUCGGCCAAAUCACCGAAGAAUCAUUCCUCACCCGCUUCCGGUCGAUGAGCCAGCCGCAGAGUUACUACGUCGUCGUCAUUGAAGAUGAAAGCACAAACAAAGUCGUCGGCGCGGCAACGUUGGUGCUCGAGUGGAAGUUCAUCCACGAGGCCGGCGCGAGAGGGCGGAUCGAAGAUGUCGUUAUUCACCACAAGAUGCGCGGCCGCAAGUUCGGCGCUCUUCUCAUAAAGACGCUGGUGGCGCUCGGAAAACAGUUUGGUGUCUACAAGAUGUCGCUGGAGUGCAAGGACGAGCUGGUGCGCUUCUACGGCCUCAACGGUUUCACCAAGGACCCCGGAAACUUUAUGACCCUGCGAUUUGAUCAACCCGAACUCGUGCCACUCAACGAAGAACUGGGCCAAAGCAAAAUC